CCCUGCUGGCUAACCCUGGUGCUCAACCCGAAUCCGGUCUGGCCGGCAGGCACAGAGCUGUGCAUGCAUGCGCUGCAAAUCAGCAAUCCUACCGCGACACAUUUCAGGCGCAAGCAGAAAAUGGCGGCCACCUCUGCAUUGUCUCUUGCCACUGGCAUCAGCUGCAGUGCUUUUGGAGCAGCUACUGCUCCGAAGCUCAGAAGGGCAGAUUUAUCCCCCAGCCCCAUUGUUGCUGCUUCUGGCUUUUGUCCUUCACAGUGUGCAUUGUUUCCACUAGGUCAAAAGCAUGGCGCUUCUUUGCGAGCAAUGCAGUCUGGUUCUACACUCUUCAAAAAUAGAUUCAGGCGUCAGAUAUCGAGUCAGGUCUUCAGGAAGAGCUCAACUAGAAAUGCGGGCGUCAGGGCAAGCAGUGAUUCGGACACGAGCAAUGUCGGGGCAGGUGGUCUUGCAGCUAUUGGAUUUGGACUGGUCAGCGUGCCAGUUAUGGCAUGGUCUCUCUUCACAUUGAAGACAACUGGCUGCGGGUUGCCGCCGGGGCCUGGGGGUGCAUUGGGAGGGCUGGAAGGUAUAAGCUAUCUGGCGAUUGUGGGGAUCGUCGGUUGGUCUCUGUACACAAAGGUAAAAACUGGGUCCGGCCUUCCCCAAGGCCCUUUCGGGCUUCUAGGAGCGGUAGAGGGCCUGUCAUAUCUUCUCUGCUUGGCGGGCCUUGUGGUGUUGGGCUUUCAGGUUGUGGACCAUGGCUUCAUCCCUUCUCCCACACCGGACGACCGGUGCUUCGGCUAAGGGAGUAGCGGCUGUGGAACUGAUUUACCCACAAUAAGGUUGCUAAAGAAUUCGGGCACAAUGAAAUGCAAUUUCGUUCACAGCACGUAUCCAUUCUGACAAACGAAGGCGACAACCCCUGUAGACAACCCUUGAGAGCACAACGGUAACGUCAGACGUCGGAUUGGAGUAGUGACCCCGAAGAGAACUUGCUCGAGGCAUGUCGGUGUUGAGAGUGGAAAGACAUGGUAGGCAUCUCAUACAGUCCAGCAAGCCUAAUGAAGCAUUGCCAGGCCUUGAGUGAGCUGUAGUACAGCCAAUUCUGGACCACCGUUCAAUGCUAGUCGAGCAAACCGAUCAUGCAUUCAUGAUUGGCCGAGCGCAUGGCAUCUUCGGCUUCAAAGCAGCGUCCAUCUAUGCCCGCGAGAGAGGACACGGAUAUUGACCAUUGGCAGCUGCCUCGAAAACAGGGCGGGCUAUUAGUGCAUCUUCGGUCAGUG